AUGGAAAUUCGGAAGAAUUGUUCACUGUUGCUAUGUACAUUAGCAUACGUGAUUCUCCUAUGUCGUUCACAAAAAGAGUGCAAAGACGGCACGGUUGGUAGUCGUUAUAGGGGGACGAUAUCAGUAACAGCGCACGAUAACCCGUGCCAAAGAUGGGAUUCGCAAUUUCCUCAUCCACAUAGGACGAAUCCUUUAGACCUACCAGACAGAAGUUUAACAGACGCCCAGAAUUUCUGUCGCAACCCCAAUGGGGAACCCUUUGGUCCUUGGUGUUACACCACAAAUCCAUACAUUCGUAAACAAUACUGCGAUAUACCUCUUUGUGACUGCAAACAGACAGAAGUUGGCCGAGAAUAUGUCGGAGUCAUGGGCCGGUCUAAAAACGGAUACCGUUGUCAGAGAUGGACUUCUCAAACUCCACAUAACCACUCCCAAUACGACCACACGCACUUCCCAGACAACUCCGUCGCGGAUGCCCAAAACUUUUGCCGAAACCCCGACGGCAAGCCAGGUGGACCCUGGUGUUUUACAAUCCUGCGAGAUAUUGUUUGGGAUUACUGUGAAAUACCAAGAUGUGAAUGCAGGUAUUCAAACCAAGGGUGGGAAUAUAUGGGUAAUCGAGCAAUGACGUCGUCUGGGUUGCCAUGCCAAAGGUGGGACGCGCAGAGUCCUCAUGAGCAUUCCUUCACGAAUACUUCAAGAUUUCCAGAUGGUGACAUCACCAAGGCCGGUAAUCUGUGUAGGAACCCCGACUCGAGUAAGCCCGGGGGUCCCUGGUGUUUUACUAUGGACCCGAGGACCACAUGGGAGUACUGCAAAGUACGAUUUUGCGAUUGCAAGUUAAGGUAUUGGGGUAUUGAAUACACGGGCAAGGUGUCCUACACUGCAGAUGGGACGAAAUGUCAACGUUGGGACUCUCAAUCCCCCCAUCCGCAUGAUACAUACCCCGAGGAUCUCCCCGAUCUCUCCCUUACAAGAGCAGAAAACUUUUGCCGAAAUCCAAAUGGUGACCGACCUCUUGGUCCGUGGUGUUAUACGACAGAACCUGAGGUUGAGUGGGCAUAUUGCAGCGUCCCACUGUGUGAAUGUAAACUCGAUCCUUUUGGGAAUAACUAUUUCGGCAAAAAGUCCAUGACAAACAGCGGUGAACUUUGCCAGCGCUGGGAUUCGAGGACUCCGCAUAACCACUCAAGUUACGAUCCCGAGGCUUUCCCGGACGACAGCCUCAUGGAAGCUUCGAACUUCUGUAGAAAUCCAGACAUGACUCUUAACGGUCCAUGGUGUUACACACAAAACCCGAACGUCGAGAAAGAUUUCUGUCAUGUUCCCAUGUGUGAUAACUAUCCUGAUUUCGUUAUUCCAACUCUAAGACCUCCACAUGUUGAAGAAUGUAAGAAGACACGUUUGGGGAAAAAUUACAUGGGGCGGAAUAUAUACACAACGAGUGGCAAGGUUUGCCAAGAUUGGACAUCACAGUAUCCACACAGACACGACGUGUAUGAAGACAGCCAGUUCCCGGACUACACCAUUGGAAGUGCUUUGAACUACUGUCGCAACCCUACAAACAAACCAAAUGGUCCUUGGUGCUUUACUACAGACAUAAACACAGAAUGGGAAUACUGCGCCAUUAAUUAUUGUGAUUGUAUGGAGACGCCACGUGGUGAAACUUACGACGGACAUAAACUUAAAACGUUAUCGGGCAUCCCAUGUCAGAGAUGGGACUCUCAAACUCCCCACAACCACACAUUCGUUGACAGCGACCUUUUCCCAGAUGCAACACUAAACGAUGCGGCCAAUCACUGUAGGAAUCCAAACGGACGGCCAAAUGGUGUUUGGUGCUUUACAACCGACCCAAAUAUUGAGUGGGAAUACUGUGGUGUCCCGAUAUGUGAAUGCAAUGAGCAUGCGAAGGGUCGUUAUUACAGCGGAAGUCAAACGUCCACUCGGUCGGGCAAGUCGUGUCAAAGAUGGGACAAACAGAUACCCCAUCAGCAUAAAAUUAGAGCAACUGAUCUUACUGACGGUAACCUCACAGCUGCUGGACCUAAGUGUAGGAAUCCCAAUGAUAGAGACAGACCUUGGUGUUUUACAACAGACCCUGAUACAAGGUGGGAAUUCUGUGAUAUUCAAAAUUGUCGGCUAGACGGUUUGUCAACCACGCCAUCCCCAGAUAACUGUCCUCGAAGAAUAGGUAGAUACCCUACAAAUUUGCAGCGUACGGGGGAUAACUCUGCCCAUCUUAUGAUCUCCAACACAUUCCCUUGUGAUGGAAUAAUAACAGCCUGGGAAUACUGGAGGAACAAUCUCGAAUCUGUUGGAUAUAUCUCAACAUGGCGAUGGGACCCGGAUGUUAAAAACAACGUGAUCUUAAUUUCAAAAACUGCUCUUCUGCCGUUGGUUGGUCUCGGCCGUCAUAUCUAUACGCUUCGAACACAUAUCAAUGUCAAAAGGGGAGAUUUUAUUGGGGUCCAUUACUCAAGGUUGACUAGAAAUCCGAUGUUACCAAACUCUCGUGGUGACAAUGAAGUGCCAAACUGGGAGCUCUUCGACACGAUUAACAUCGCUAGGUUUAACGAAGAUUUUAAAGUCGGCAAUAAAAUAGAUAUUGGAGGGAUAACUCCAAUUAGGAGCACAUAUGCCCUGCAAGCUUGGUUCAAAGGAACUGGACCACCUCGACCAACGAGUCCUAUAGUAUCAACCGUCCAUCCAGCCUCAUCGACUGCGCCUACACCAGAUGAGUGCCCGAAGUAUAUUGGGCGCUUCCCUACUGAUUUACCACGAAGAGGGGGCACCUGGGCGCAUAUUAUGAUCAACAAUUCAUUCCCGUGUGACGGCAACAUCACAGCUUGGCAUUACUACCGAUCAAACACGGAAACUGCGGCGUACGUAGCAGUAUGGCGGCGUGACCCAGAACCUAAUAAGUACAUUUUAAUAAAGCAAUGGGAACUGGAUCCAAUAGAAAACGCCUUAGGAAAUAUCAUACACGAAAUAGACAAGAGCCCUGUUAAGAAAGGAGAUUGUAUUGGUAUCCAUUAUUCUAGAACAACCAAGGUCCCUGCUAUAUCGAAUUCUCGAGGGAAUGAUGGUCUAGUGGAUAUGGGAGAGUUGUUUGAAACAAUCAAUAUUCCAAGGUUUAAAGAAGACUUCCAUGAAGGAAACAAACUUGACUUUACUGGUAUUGAACCAAUUGCUACCACGUAUGCCCUACAGGCUUGGUUUGAAGGUGUACCAUCCAAUACCAAGAAACCGUUACAAACAGGUAAACUUGGCGUUGGAGGUAUAAUUGGCAUAGUCAUAGCUAUAGUCCUAGUGGUGGUAUUAGUUGUUGCAAUAGGACUCAUCUACGUCGUGAGAGCAAAGGGGGUUAACCCUAUCGAUAAUUUAAAAAGGAAAAUUGCAAGAAAAACUAACGAUAAUGUUUUAAAGGAUAGUUUCGAUAAUCCUGCAUACAAUCAGGCAACGAACGAUUCUAUGAGUUGAUUUCAGUAUGUGUCCAUCUACUUACUGGUGAAAUUAUUAGAAAAACAGAAGUCAGAUGGUUGUUACUAUUCCAGCAUAGUUAGCUUCACAUAAUGGAAGAUAAUACAUUUGCCUAAAUACAAUCUGAUCUGAUAUAAAAUAACUGCCUGUCUGAAGUCGACUGCUGUAGACAGACCGUUUAUAAAUUUCAAUUUUAUAUAGGUUAAGUAUAUACAGAAAAAUAUAUAAAGGAAUAAGGCCAAAGGCUCAAUAGAGUGUGGACAAAUUUAAGCAGAGAACCACUUUUUUGAAUGACCGAGGGAGCCAGUAUUAAAUGUUGACAUUCAAGAUACAUUCAAAAUUCAAGUACAUAUGAUCAUCCAAAGUCCAGUGAGUCAUGUGGCUAAAUUGUUCUUACAC